GUGGGCUCCGGCCGCGGCCGCUGCCGGUCGGUCCGCUGGUUGGUCGGUUAGUUGGUCGGUGGGUCAGUAGCCUGCUGCUCGUUUCUCGGCUCUCAUGUUCGGAGGUGGGGGGGACAAGUGAAAGGCCCGCACACCUGAGCUGUCCGGAGAGGAGCCCCGCACUCAGUAGGAGGAGACAAAGGACAGAAAAGGACUCAUGGCUUCUGACGCCAGUCACGUGUUAGAAGCUGCCCUGGAGCAAAUGGACGGAAUCAUCGCAGGAACUAAAACAGGGGUAGAUAUUAGCGAUGGUACCUGUGAGCCCAGACCGGCCUCCCCAGCCUCCUACAUGAACCCCUUCCCGGUGCUCCAUCUCGUCGAGGACUUGAGGCUGGCCUUGGAGAUGCUGGAGCAUCCUCAGGAGAGGGCAGCCCUCCUGAGCCAGAUCCCGGGCCCCACAGCUGCCUACAUAAAGGAGUGGUUCAAGGAGAGCUCGUCCCAGGUAAAUCACCACAGUGCUGCUGGUAAUGAAACAUACCAGGAACGCUUAGCACGUCUAGAAGGAGAUAAGGAGUCCCUCAUAUUACAGGUGAGUGUCCUCACAGACCAAGUGGAAGCCCAGGGAGAGAAGAUUCGGGACCUGGAAGUGUGUCUGGAAGGGCACCAGGUGAAACUCAAUGCUGCCGAAGAGAUGCUUCAACAGGAGCUACUAAGUCGUACAUCUCUUGAGACCCAGAAGCUCAAUCUGAUGACCGAAGUGUCUGAGCUGAAGCUCAAGCUGGUGGGCAUGGAGAAGGAACAGAAAGAGCAGGAGGAGAAGCAGAAAAAAGCAGAGGAGUUACUGCAGGAGCUCCGGCACCUCAAAAUCAAGGUGGAAGAGUUGGAAAAUGAACGGAAUCAAUAUGAGUGGAAACUAAAGGCCACCAAGGCUGAGGUAGCCCAGCUGCAAGAGCAGGUGGCCCUGAAGGAUGCAGAAAUUGAGCGUCUGCACAGCCAGCUCUCCAGGUCAGCAGCUCUGCACAGUGACCACGCAGAGAAAGACCAAGAAAUUCAACGUCUGAAAAUGGGAAUGGAAACUUUGCUUGUUGCCAACGAAGAUAAGGACCGUCGGAUAGAGGAGCUUAGUGGGCUGUUAAACCAGUACCGAAGGGUGAAUGAGAUCGUGAUGGCAACCCAAGGGCCUUCAGAAAGAACUCUCUCAAUCAAUGAGGAGGAACUGGAGGGAGGUUUCAGGAACUGGAACGCUGCAAAUAAAGGCCCCGAAGACCUAUUUAAAUCAGAGGUGUCUCCAAGAGGCAGCUCUCCCACGGCGGGGCCACCCCCACUACCACAGAAAUCACUGGAAACCAGGGCUCAGAAAAAACUCUCCUGUAGUCUUGAAGACUUGAGAAGUGAAUCUGUGGACAAGUGUGUCGGUGCGAACCAGCCCUCCCCAGUGGUAGAACCCAAGGAUGGCCCUUUCCUGGCGGAGCACAAGUACCCCACAUUACCUGGGAAGCUUCCAGGAGCCACGCCCAAUGGAGAGGCUGCGAAGUCUCCACCUACCGCCUCCCCAGUGGACCCUGCAGGGAGCAGCCCGCUGAGGCUGAACCGUGGCCGGAGUGUCAGUGCCCCUGUAUUAGGAGACACAGAAAGUGGCUGGGAUGACACUGCCAUGGCCAAUGACACAUCCCUGUCAUCGGGCACCGAGUCCAGCCCCCAGUCUCCCCUGACAUCAGAUGGUAAACGGAGUCCCAGAGGCAUCAAGAAGUUCUGGGGAAAGAUCCGAAGGACUCAGUCAGGAAACUUCAACACCGAUGCCCCAGGGGUGGCCGAGUUUCGACGAGGUGGGCUCCGGGCAACUGCAGGACCAAGACUGUCCAGGACCAGAGAUCCCAAGGCUCAGAAAAGUGACGCCAAUGCCCCCUUUGCCCAAUGGAGCACAGAGCGUGUGUGUACGUGGCUGGAGGACUUCGGCCUGGCUCAGUAUGUCAUCUUUGCGAGGCAAUGGGUGACUUCUGGCCACACAUUACUGACAGCUACCCCUCAGGACAUGGAAAAGGAGCUAGGAAUUAAGCACCCUCUUCACAGGAAAAAGCUGGUUUUAGCAGUGAAAGCCAUCAACACUAAGCAGGAGGAGAAGUCUGCACUGCUGGACCACAUUUGGGUAACACGUUGGCUUGAUGAUAUUGGCUUACCCCAGUACAAAGACCAGUUUCAUGAAUCCAGAGUCGAUGGGCGGAUGCUGCAGUACCUGACGGUGAAUGAUCUACUCUUCCUAAAAGUCACCAGCCAACUACAUCAUCUCAGCAUCAAAUGUGCCAUUCACGUGCUGCAUGUCAACAAGUUCAAUCCUCACUGCCUGCACCGGCGGCCGGCUGAUGAGAGUAACCUCUCCCCUUCAGAGGUUGUACAGUGGUCCAACCACAGGGUGAUGGAGUGGCUGCGGUCUGUGGACCUGGCGGAGUACGCGCCCAACCUUCGUGGGAGUGGCGUCCACGGAGGUCUCAUUAUUCUAGAGCCACGCUUCACAGGGGACACCCUGGCCAUGCUUCUCAACAUCCCACCACAAAAAACGCUCCUCAGACGUCACCUGACCACCAAAUUCAACGCCUUGAUUGGCCCUGAGGCUGAGCAGGAGAAGCGAGAGAGAAUGACCUCACCUGCUUACACACCACUGACCACAACAGCCAAAGUCCGGCCAAGGAAGCUGGGAUUUUCACAUUUUGGAAACAUAAGAAAAAAGAAGUUUGAUGAAUCGACGGACUACAUUUGCCCAAUGGAGCCCAGCAACAGUGUCGGUGAUGGUCACAGGGCCUACAGUGGCACCCGGGGCCUCAGCACACUUGAUGCCCCUGAACUGGACGGGUUGGACCAGAUGGCACCUUCGGAAGGCACCGUGACGCAGAUAGGGCUCCUCUCCCAAGACAUUCACCGCCUCACGACGAUGCUGAGCCAGGACCAGCUGCUGACCGACUCCCACCUGGCCACUCCCAGAUCUGAGGACUGGAGAUGACUCUCUUCAUGGCUGGCAGCCCAGAGAGGCACGUGUGUGGGUCCCGAGUCUGCUUCGAUGGGAAGCUGGCCCAUGGCCACCCACAGAGCCCAGACUGGGCCCCAGGGCAUCUCCGACGUGGGUGCUGACAGGACAAUGCGAGGCUGUGGAACAAAUGUCCACGAGGUGGCCCACAGGUUUUCAACUGUGCUGUGCUCUCCACCACAGCUUUUGUACCUUUUGUACUUUAUACGUGGACUGUAGAGCGCUUUUGCAGGGAGGGCAGUGAGAUGCCCACACACACUCUGACUCACGCCAUCCCUAGCGACAGCCGGGAGCUCUUACACCAAAGGGGAAGGGCUGUGAGUCACAAAAGCUUUGCUGUAAAAAAAAAAAUUCUGAAUGUUCUGAGCUGGCUGAAGUGGUAGGAAGCCCCCUCCCGGGCUGCUUCCAUAUGGAAGCUUGUAGUGCAUUUCCGUUCCCAGGAAUCUGGCUGGAGCGCCAGCAGGGAAGGAGUGAUGGACUCCCUUGACAAGGCUGCCAUUUUCUGCAGUGGUGUCUGAGGUUUUCAGGGCUGCGAGGCCUCCCAGCAUCUGAGCAGACAUCUCUGCGGCCUUUCCCUCGUCCGCCUCAGAGGCAAUUUAUCUGAUCAAACAGCUUUCCUUGAGUGGAAAGGCCCUUUCCACUGCAAGACAUCUCAGGUAUGUCCUACCUCAGGGAGAGGCACCUGCUUAGCGGUCACACAGUCACCCUCCCAACCAGCCUUCCCCCUGAGCAAUGGCCCCAACUCCUCCCUCUAGCGGCUCUAGCUCUGGCCUCAUCUCUCUAACUUCCUCAGGGGAGUCUCCCACUGGGUCCCUCACCCUUCCUUUCCAGUUGGUCCCCUCUGGGUGUUCUCUACACCAUCCCUGGAGGGAACUUCCCAAAGCACUAUUUUCAUCCUACUAAGAACUCAGUUCCACAACCACCAGGGAUUAGCAUUCAAAAGCCUUAGCACCCAAGACCCCUCUGAGUCUUCAGCGUUCAUGAACCCAUGCUCUAGCCUUUGCUCCUACCUUUCCCUCACCAGAAUGUAUUUUUCUCCUACUCCCUGUCACAAGGCUGGCUCCUGUCUGCUGAGGUUCAGGUCAGCCCCAGCCUCUUUCAGGAAGCUUUCACUGAGGGUUGGCGGUCUCCAUCCCAUGGUGCAGUCUGACCUGAGCACUUCCUGGCUCUCCUUGAAGUAGUGUGUAACCUUUCUCCACCCAUACUCAACACAAACUCACUGAGCACCUGUGUGGACAGGUUCCUGUACAGACAAGAGUAAGACCCUUCCCCAUCUGCUCAUUCCCUCAUAUGUGCAGGUUAAAUACCUUCCAUUCUGGGCCAAGGAGCACUGGGCUUACAGGGAUGAAUGUCAAGGUCUUUCCCUGGGGGUGUGGAUGGUCCAGUGUGGGAGUAUGCGUCUUCUUCAGACAAAAGCAUGUGCUGAAUGCUACAGAUACUCCAAUAGAAGUGUCUACAGCCCCAAAGAGCAAACUGUCAUUGUUAACAGAGGGCUGGGGAGGGGGACUGAAAAGGCUCCAAGGAAGAGGUGAUACUUGAAUUUUGAAAGCUGAAUCGGAGUCAAGUAUGCCAGAGGGGAAAGGCACUCCAGGCAGAUGGACCUGAACCAUCCCAGCAUGGCCAAGGAAGUACCUGAAGUUGGUAUGACAAGAGCAGAGCUUCUUGACCCCUGCAUUGCUGUCAUUCGGGGCUGGUAAGUCACUGCUGGGGCCAUCCUGUGUGCUCUAGGAUGUUUAGCAGCAUCCUUGGUCUCUCCCUCUAGAUGCCAAUAGCUCCCCUCUAGUUGAGGACCACUGGGCCAGAGAACUGGGUCAGAGAAGGAGGCCCAAGGAAGGAAGGAUCUGGUGAGGUCAGCUGGAGCCCAGAUCAAGAAAGGCUUGG